AUGUCUGAGGGACCAGAUCAGAUUGGGCCUGACAUGGGUCGCAGGAGGAAUUUUGGAGACAAGGCGCGACGUCUGAACGGCUCUGGUGCGGCCAAUGCGCAUAUCUUGCUAAUUGUCCUCAGGGAUGGUCUAAUCGGCGACUACGAUUACGGGUUCCUCUUUCGCCCGAAUAUCCCUUUUCUGAAAAGAGAGAGAAGAGCAGCUCCUUUCUUCGGCCUCAAUGAUAGCAUGCCGGUUCUACUUGCGCUGUUGCUUGGUCUUCAACAUGCAUUGGCUAUGUUGGCCGGUGUGAUCACUCCGAACAUCAUCAUUUCUGGCCAAGGAUUUGCCUAUCUCGACGAACAAGAUUCUCAGUAUCUAGUUUCCACAUCAUUGAUUGUGUGCGGUAUUCUCUCUGCGGUUCAAAUAACUCGAUUCCAUAUCUGGCGCACUCCAUAUUAUAUCGGAACUGGGCUUAUAUCAGUCGUCGGCACUUCUUUUGCUCUUCUGUCCGUCGCCUCCGGAGGAUUCAACCUAAUGUAUGAAACCGGUUUCUGCCCUACUGCCAGCGACGGGACCCGGCUACCUUGCCGCCAGGGAUAUGGCGCCCUGAUCGGCACUUGCAUUGUCUGCUCGCUGCUGGAAAUGCUUCUCUCUUUCAUGCCCCCGAAGCUGCUGAAGAGGCUUUUUCCUCCUCUCGUCACUGGUCCCACUGUCUUGCUCAUUGGUGUCUCGCUUGUGCAAUCCGGCUUCGAAGAUUGGGCUGGUGGAAGCGGAUUGUGCUACUCCAAUCCCCAGGGUCCUUACGCCCUCUGCCCAUCGGUGGGUGCGCCGCAUGCGCUUCCUUGGGGUAGCGCCGAAUUCAUCGGUCUUGGAUUCUUGGUUCUCGUAACCAUUAUCAUCUGUGAGCGGUUCGGUUCACCAAUCAUGAAAUCCUGCGCGGUCAUUAUUGGCUUGCUUGUGGGUUGCAUCGUUGCCGCUGCGUGUGGAUACUUCAGUCACUCAAGUAUUGAUGCUGCUCCCGUGGCUUCGUUCAUUUGGGUCCGUACUUUCCCGCUCACAGUUUACGGUCCUAUAGUGCUGCCCAUGCUGGCAGUAUACAUUGUCUUAAUGAUGGAAGCCAUUGGUGACAUUACUGCUACCUGCGACGUUUCUCGACUUGAAGUUGACGGCAAGAUCUUCGACUCCCGUAUCCAAGGUGGCAUUCUGGCCGAUGGAUUGAAUGGUCUUUUGGCGGGUCUCUGCACCUUGGGUCCCAUGUCAACCUUUGCGCAGAACAACGGUGUCAUUGCUCUGACUCGUUGUGCGAACCGUAAAGCUGGAUACGCCUGUUGCUUCUUUCUCAUUGUCAUGGGCAUCUUUUCCAAAUUUGCCGCUGCUCUGACCUCUAUUCCUUCGCCCGUCCUUGGCGGCAUGACAACUUUCCUCUUCAGCUCCGUCGUUGCCUCUGGUCUCCGCAUCAUUUCUACCGUGCCAUUUACUCGUCGCACCCGUUUCAUCUUCACGGUCUGCCUGUCACUAGGCUUCGGCGCCACCUUGGUUCCUAAUUGGUUUAGUCAUGUUUUUACGUACAAGGGUGGCAACCAUGCCAAGCAGGGAUUCUUCAAUGCUAUCGUGCUUGUUAUGGAAACUGGGUUCGCCAUCACCGCUUUUUCUGCCAUUAUUCUCAAUUUAAUCCUCAAGGAGGAGAUUGAGGUGGAUGAAUUGCCCUCCCUUGAGGCUCACGCUGAGGAUGUGGCCGACACUGAAGAAUGGGCGAAAAUUCGUCGACACCCGAAAGACCUCGAAGACCAAGGCCGAGAUCUGGAUCAGCAUUCCGAUCAGAACCACUCGCAUAGUGAGAUUGAGCCCGUCAAGAACGGAUGA